GGUAGGAUGGCAUCAAGACAUGCGACGAAGUACCGGGACAGUUCCAGCAACAUUAAAGUCCUGCUGAGACAACAAACCAACAUGACUCUUAAUGACAGGUUCCACAAAAUAAUGAAGAUGCCAGCCGUUGCGCCUGCACGUCCACGCACUCCCCCCAAAGAUACGCGCAUCAGAGAGGAGCUGCGAGCUCAUCAGCGCAAACUAGAGACUCUGGAACGGAACACUCUUUCUAUGAUGUCCCGGUCCCUCGCCUCCCUCUCAACAGCAACUGCCAGUGCCAGCACGAUACCCGUACCUACAGCCCCUGUCUACGAACCUCCUAAACAAAAUGUCUCAGCCAAGGCUCGACUUGGAGUUGGAAGAAACGGAAACGGAAUCCAGAGUAGAAUAGGGGCCAAGCGAUUAACACAGAAAUAUAGCACAUUGCAGCGAAAAAAUGCGGGUGCCUCUCCUGGAGGCAGACUUGCAGGCAGAUUGAAUAGAGGCGGAAACGCGUCCGGAAGAGGAGUAACGCGGACCACUCGAGGAGGCGCAGCUGCACGAGGGGGCGGCGCUGCACGUGGUGGAGCAACUGCCCGAGGCGGAGCAGCAACUAAACGUGGAUCAGGAGCAACCGCGCGUGGUGGUGCUCGUGGGGGCGGAACUGCCAGAGGUGGAGCCGCUGGACGCGGCGGAGCAGCCAAAAAACCAGACAAGGAUUCCCUGGACUCUGAAUUGGAUAAAUAUAUGUCAAAAAGUAGAGCGUAUCUAGAUACACAGCUGGACAGUUACAUGGCUCAGAAGGGAGAUAAGGAAGCUGCCUCUUGAGAAAUAACAAGACAGAUUAUACAGACACUAGAGUUUCCCUGCCUCCCUACAACUCGCCCCUAGCUGUUCUUUUUAUACACUGAAAAACUUACCAAACAAUCAGUGCCGUGCCUGUUGCUAAACUAUUGCCAUAAUGUUGUCAGUCAAAGAAUGAGUUGCCUGCUGUUUUCGGCCGUUCGGCGACUUUGCCCCUUGUUUGAGUCUAUUUUGAUGAGAAAUACUUGGAACUAAGAGCUAAAUUAUUCUGUGAUCAUCUGAAAGAUUUAUGUAAGGCAUUUAAUUCUCAUCAAACAUAGAAUAGCCAAAUUUGUAUUGAAAUCUUAUAUCCGGAUGUCUCACAAUUUGUUCUUUUUACACUGUUUGACGACGGCAGGUGUAUUUCAGUUAUUUUACUGUAAUCGUGCAAUAUCAAUUUUAAUUUUAUUCCAAGAGGAAA